UUGCAGUCAGAAGUGGCGCAAAUAAUCGUAGUCAAUUUAUGCAUUAUUUUUCUUCUUUUUUUAUGUGGAAAGCCUGGCUGGUAUUUUGAGUGUCUAUCCGAUUUUGCAGGACGAAGACGUUACGAUCGCAAGCAGGCAGGAUUCGGAGGUCAGACUAAGCCUAUCUUCAGGAAGAAGGCCAAGACAACUAAGAAAAUUGUACUUCGUAUGGAGUGCACUGAAUGCAAGCACAAGAAACAACUCCCUAUCAAGAGGUUUAGUUAUGACAGAAUGGAGUGCGUACGGGUAUUAGACAAAGCUGGUAGAGUUCUUUACUCAUUUGAAUCCACGGCUGCAACUGUCUCCAUCGGUCGUGAUAAAAAGAAAUGUGGCAUAGCAUUACCGGUCGAUGCUCAAGGAGUUUCUAGGGUUCAUGGAUCGCUCACUUGGGAUGGUCAGGAGAAGCUUGCUUAUUCUGAUGCGAGCACAUAUGGAACGAUGGUGGAUGGGAAGCUGAUCAAAGCAGGAAGUAGAGACAUCAAAGACGGGUCGCAUAUCCUUGUUGGAGAUGUAGAACUUGUGAUUUCGUUCGUGUCUGCGCUCUCAAGCUCAACAUCUGAUCUCAAAGAGGAACCACAAUCUGUACAUGUGAAAAGUACAAGCACGAAGCGAAAAAGUACGAACACGAAUGUGCUUCUCAACGAUAGUAAACGUCCAAAGUUGAACAAUAGGACGCGCACGUCACAGUCACAGAGAACAUUGACCGUAAUCGAGGAAGAUGAGGACGUAAUUUUAGUUGAGGACACACCACCAAGCCGAAUUGUGGAUCCAAAAGCUGCGUUGGCAGAAAACGGGACUUCUUUCGUUGCGGAUUCGGCCCCAGUUCAUAGCAACAGUAGCGUUCCUUCACAAAUCCUGGAUAUAGGUUCGCAACGCAUUUUUGGAGUCAAUCGGGUACCGUACCAAAAAUGUAUCACUCCGAAGAUAGUGGCUGAGGACACCUUUUUGAACAGCUCUGAAUUAGCUGAACCCAACUUUAGGAGAAAUGCAAUUAGUUCCGUUAACGUGACAUGUAUCCCUGAUUCCUGCGCUCAAAAUGUCGAACCUAAUUUGUCAAGAAAGAGAGAAAUGACGAUGGAUUCAUUCUUAGCAUCGCAUAAGUUAGAGCGUUCGAUGACCUUUGAGCCUCAGGUUACAUCAGACUCGCAACUGGCUGCGAAUUCAGGAAACGAAAAA